GGCAGGGAAGACUGGAUCCCCUGGGCAGUAAGGAAGGAAUCGGACAGAUAUAUGGAUAUCUGCUAGCUAACUGGAACCCAGCUGACAUUUAAAGGCUGGGUGAAAACCCAGAGGGUGGGUCGCAUCCCAGCACCUCCACUGCUGGGUGCACAACACUGCGGACAGCAGCAUGGUCACUGGAGGCAUCUCCUGUAUGCAGCAAUCCAUCAGCAUGUGGGGGGGGAUGUCCCAGUGGCCCUCACGCAGGACGACCGCAUUCUGAGCUGCCAGGGAGCCCUGUCUGGCCCGGGAACACGCCCCCAAGCGCGCAUCAUGCUGCCGGCACGGUGGCUCUCCCCUCACACGCGGACCUCGCCCCAUUUCCAGCCCCGAGACACAGGCGAACACGCCGUUCUGCUCUUAGCCUGCAACGCUGAUGAGUGCUGACUGGCUAAUGGAUUGGAAGGAACUAGCAGCCCAAAAACUGAACCUCUCUUCCAAGAGGAAGAAGAGCCACCCUCCCUGCCCCCACAUCCAGGGGCCUUCCCUCUACCCAACUAAUUUCCGGGGAAUCCUGCAGCAUGCACCGCCUGCUGUUCCCCCACACCUCCUCAGGUCAUUAGUCAAGGACAAGAAUGGACCAGGUCUAGGAAAGGUGAAAGUAACGGUCCGCAUCAGUCCUUUCCAGGGUGUCCAUGAUGCCUUUGAGUCCUCAUGCAUCCUUCAGGUGGACUCCCACAGGAAGCAGCUGACUCUUUAUGAGCCUUCCAUGGGGGCACGUGCUAGACAUGGGUACUCGGUACUGGGUGCCACCAUGUUCAACUUUGAUGCCAUUUUUACUCAGGAUAUGUCCCAGGCUGAUCUCUGCUCCGAGACUCUGACAGACAUUAUACAAGCUGUGCUGAGUGGUGCUGAUGGAUGUAUCUUUUGCUUUGGUCAUUCUAACCUAGGCAAAUCCUACACCAUGGUGGGGGGGGACAGUUCCACACAGGGCCUGGGAAUAAUGCCAUGCAGCAUCUCCUGGCUGUUCACGCUCAUUGCCAGGCGGCAGGAGAAACUGGGCAUGCACUUCUCUGUCCACGUGUCUGCCGUGGAGAUCAGCGGUGAUGAGGAGAUUCUCACAGACCUGCUAUCUCACAUGGUCUGUGAGGGCCAGGCUGACAUCUCCUCUAAGGGGGUCCAUCUUAAGGAAGACCCUGUCUGUGGCUCACAGCUGUUGAACCAGAGCAAGCUGCAGGCCCCCAGUGCUGACCAAGCUGCUUUCUUCUUGGAUUCGGCGCUGGCUGCACGCAACGGGGACAAACGCCACAACUCUCACCUGCUGUUCACCCUGUACAUCCAGCAGCACCACCUGGAUCAGGCCACCAUGGCAGGAAUGUCAGGGGGUCAUAGCUGCCUGCACAUCAUCGAUCUGGGAAGUGGAGAGAUGGUCCUGAACCAGCGCCAAGAUAGUCAGUGCCUGUCGCUGGCUGCAGUGGGAAAUGUCAUUCUCGCCCUGGUUAGCGGGGCCAAGCAUGUACCGUACAGGGACAGUAAGCUGACAAUGCUGCUGAGGGAAUCACUGGGGAACGUUAACUGCCAUACUACCAUGAUCGCCCACGUCUCGACCCAUGCAGAGCAGUACAGCGAGUCGCUGUACACACUACAGCUGGCCUCCCGCCUCUACCAUGUGGGCAGGACACAGCCUAAGUACUCCUCCUUGACGGGGGAAGGCUCAUAUGAAGAGAGUAUAAUCCUCCACCCUGCCAAAAUGAGAGCCUUUCACCUGCCGAAUGUGACCCUGGAUGCAAAGUUUGCCAGUAUGCCCCUGUAUGACAGGAACCACACCUCCAGCAGACAGCAGGCCUAUGACACUGUGAUCUAUGUGGGGCCCGGGGGAGCUGUUAUCUCAGACCGGGAGCUUUGCGAAAACGAGGGCCCCCCUGCCUUCGUCCCCAUCAUCCCCUCUCUGAACCGGAAGCAGGUCAGAGAGUUGCCACUGGUGGAAGGAGACCGCUUCAAAUGCAGCACUUUUGCAGAGCUGCAGGAGCAUCUUGACUAUAUGGAUGGAAGAGACAGGCCCACAGGCUGUGGAGGGAACAGCGCCUCCCAGGUAGCCCCUGGGACAGAGAGCAGGACGACUAAACCUGUCGGGGUGGCGGCUCCUUCUCUUAGAGCCAAUAAAGCUUCCUUAUUGAUGAGCAAUUCCCAGCCACCAGGAGACUCUGUAGCAGCCAGAGGCUUCCCCCUCAUGGAACAGCAUGCACGGCCGAUACUAACCUGUGAUGGAGCUGAAAGAGGAUUGCCUUUUGGUUUUAGACUAGUUAAUACAGACAAGGAUAGGCUACAGGCUUCUGACAGUCAGUCUGUUAUGUUUAAACAUAGGAUAGUGUCACAUGACCCUGAGCCAGUGGUGCGUGAGAAGAUCCAUUCUAAUAAAAAGCGCCAGACUCCAUCCAAACAGAAAAGCCCCAUAAAGUCCACAAGGCCUCCCCCAGUAGGCAUGAGUCAUCCAUCUCAGAAGACUGAGCCCAGAAGCUCCCUGAUGCUGAAUGUAGGUCAUCAAGCGAGCCACAGACCUGUGGAGGUAAGUAGGUGCUUUGACAGGGACACGUUCAGGACAACGGUAACGCUACAGCAGCCAGUUGAGCUGAACGGUGAGGAUGAGCUUGUGUUCACUCUGGUGGAGGAAGUACCCCUUAGAGGCAUGGUGGAGCAGGGACAUCCCUCUGGCUUUAUGAGUCUUCAUAGUGAUUGUUCCUGGCAGGCCUUAGCCUUCCACUCCCGCCCAGUCAGUAUUAUCACAAGUAUCAACGAUGAAUACGACAAUUACAUCUCUCAGGUGGUUGCUUGUGGACCUAAGACUAAUGCUGUCCCAAAUUUCCAGGCAAAAUCAGGCAGUAAACAUCCCUCUGGCAGGAUCAAUAAAGACAGUGAACUCAAGUUAAAGAACAAAGAAGUUCACACCUCAUUUAUCGCCUUGCCCCAACCGCACUAUGUUAUCCCAGAUGAUGCUUUUAGCUUAGAUUCACUUUUCCAACAAGAAGUCAAAAUCUCACUGAAUGACAGGGAUUUGUACUUAAUAGAGCCUAAUAAGCACAGUACUGUCUCCUGCAAGCCUUCCAUAGGCAUGACUAAAUGUCACUAUAUGCAAGUGCCCGAGUCUACCAAACUGUCUGCCAAAGGACCUCUUGUAACUAAGGCAAACAUUAUCCACUCUACGCAGCACUCAAAUAACCUUCAAGCUGGCCUGCCUAGGAAAAUGAAACCUACCUCACUGCUUGCCCAAGGCAGCAACAAUAGUGACUAUGGGCUACAGAUGCAUGAGAGUGGCUCCUGGCUAUUACUGGACAAUGUGACAGAUUCAAAAAGAGAUUCUGGUAGGAAGUUCUUCCGGAAUAAUAUGAAUGGCAGUUCCUCCAGGAAACAAAGUAUGGGCGGUAGCGCAAAUCGAGCACGAAGAGGGCAAGCGUCAUCUGCAUCACAAAGGGUGAUUGAUGGCUCUGAGAGGUCACGAAGUAAGAAAAGUAAAGUUGGAGGCAGGAUUCCCAUUCUUCACCCAAUCGGCACAGUUCCCAUCAUUUACAAAUCUCAUUCCAAAGAGAAUCAAGACAGCUCCUCGGGAAGUGGAAGUCUGAGGUUCUCGUUCUUUGAGAAGAGUGCAAAUGCACAGAAAAACAAUAUGCCUUCAAAGCUGGGUUACAUCCCUGUUAUUGCUCCAAUGGUUAACAACUUUGAGCAGCCAACACAGAUCUUAAUGCCUGCAAGUGCCUUAACAUCUGUAAGCAGGGAAGCAGGAAAAUCUUCAGCAUUCAAAGUAUCAGCUUCAGAUAAACAAUCUGAUUUAUGGUACAAAGAGCACUCUAGUAGCUAUAAAUCAUCCAACCCAGAUAAAACAGCAUGCAAUCGUAAAACACAGGAGCCCACAUCUGAAUCUGAACAAUACCAUACCACUCAGACUGCUUCAAAGAAAUAUUAUAGGCAAGCAUCAAGGGAAUGCAAAACUGAACUCUGUAAAGAUAAUGGUGGUGCUUUGGGCAGCCACAAUAAGCCAAAUCAUUCAAUCCAAAAGACUGGAAUUGCGACCGCAUCGUCAGGCCCAACAGAUAUCCCUGACUGUCAAUCUGAUACACUUGGAAGUCAAUGCAAAAUAGAACAAAUGAGAGGUAGCAUCAAUCCCAGGACUGUGGGCAUCAAUGGACGCAAGAUCCAGACAAUGCCUAGUAGUUUCAAGCCCCUGAGCUCUUCUGUCAAAUCCUUAGUGUGUCCAAGUAACCAGAAUGGUAAACUCCUCAUCAAUGAGACACCAGUGCCUCCAUCUGGAAUGGCUUUCAAUAGCCUGAAAGAAAGAGCUACUGCAACAGGUGCCAAACAGGCUGUUCGGGCGGCUAACACUCGUGUCAGUGAGCUGGUAUUUGGAAGCCCUAGAAAACAAUUCUGGAGCUCCAGGGAUGGCAAUAGAAGUGUUCCAAACCUCAGCGACAGCAAGUCCGUUAAUUCUAUACCACCAUCCCCGUACAGCAAGAUCACGGCUCCACGGCAACCGCAGCGCUACAGCAGCAGUCACUGCAGCGACAACAGCAGUGUACUUAGUGGGGAGCUGCCCCCAGCCAUGGGUCGCACCACUCUCUUCUACCACAGCAGGGACAGCAGGGGCAGUGCAGGCAGCAGCGGCUAUGAAAGCAUGAUGCGGGACAGCGAGGCCAUGGGCAGCACCUCCUCUACCCACAGUUCCAUGAGUGAGAGUGGGGAAUCGUCACCAAGCCACACCAAAAGUUCUAAGCUUUCUAAAAAGAGAGCAAAUGGCAGCCAGAGGCGGCGACUAAUUCCAGCUCCCAUGCCCAACAUUUUGUCCCUGGGCAGAAAAUUCACUAGCCAGAGGUCAGAUCACACUUUGCCUCUGAAGACGCCCUUUGAGAUCAAGGUGUACGAGAUCGAUGAUAUGCUGGAGAGGCUGCACCAAGGGGCGCCAGAUUCUGGCACCACUCCCCUGCUCAGCUACAGGCCGACAGAUAUGCCGCGCCAGGAUGAAGAUGGUAGAGAGGCACUGGCUGCAGAUUCAGCAGCCAGAAGGCCAACAGUGGAGGCUGAAGGAGGAGCUGGGAGAGGCCAAGUGAAGGUGGAUGAUAAACCCAAGAAAGUUGGCAGGAACAAGUGAGAACUGGAAAAUUUGAGGUAGAGCAGAAAUGGGAAAAGGAGUCUCAGCUGCCAUUGAAGGCUCCAGAGCAGACCCAGGACACCUGGAGUACCGUGUUAACACUUACAAAUCGCAAAUCAUGAUGAAGAUCUGCUUUGAUUUGUGGUUUAGACGUUCAACGUGCAAGAUGCAGUCAAAGUCUCAACAUAUUGAAUUUGAAGUGCAAUAAUCUGGUGUCCUGGGCAUCAAGCAUCAUCUUUGAAGAGGCUAAGAAAAGCUGCUGAAGGAUGGGCCACAUCAGAAAAAGACAGGAUGUGGUUUUCUUCCUUCAUAAGAAGAAAAAAACAAACUCAUUUUUCACUGAUAUUUCCAUGCAACUGUAGUAGCACUGAAAAUUUAAGAAAACAAGAAGUUUAUUCCUUAAAGCAGUGUCAUUAGAAGCAUAUAUUGUUUGACCACUUUCACAUUUCGGCCAAAGCUGACCCCUAAGGCAAUAUAUUUCACUUUUGCCAUCUUUCCUAUAGCUAUUUCUUUCAAAAAAUGAAUACGCUUUUAAAAUAUGUAUCUACUGUAUGUCAUGCAUAAAUACAGAAUGUCUCAAUGUUUCCUGCAUGAUGAGUCUGAAGUCAAAUAAGAUUUUUUUUUCAAAGAUCUUUCCAAGUGCCUUUAAUGCUUUCAAAGUUAUGGGGAUUCUCUUUUAUGACUAUGAACAGUAUUAUGGAAUGUUUCCUAUAAAUAAAUAUUUCAGAAAGGA